AACGGCUUUUUUAUUUAAUAUAACUAUCAUGGUUAGUGAGUACCGUGCACAGGCGUGCGUCAGCAUCGUAUAGGUUACAUGAAGUAAUGACCCCACGAUGAAUUGCUGUCGCCAUUUCUAGAACCCCUAUCUCCGAUAACCUUUCUUAUUGCUUAGACUAUACGAAGACUUUACUCGUAAAGGGAAUGAUAGUUCGUUGUGCUUUUGUCAACUGUGCCUCAUUAGCAUCAACAACUACGCCUUAUACCAUUAUAAAUGGCUCCAUCUUAUUCGUUACCGACCCAUGAUCGACGACAUCCUGGUUUGCUGAAGAACUCUGAACCUCGGCCACUAGAAUUCGGGGCCAUGUCAGCUCUUCCAAGUGGAUAACGCACCUACGCAUAUAACACCCCCAGGCUGCAAAUCCAUUUAUCGAAAUAUUUCAUUUCUUGUUCAUCCAUUUUCUCUAUUUGCAAAUGACCUAAUUAUGGCAAUAGAGGAGACCUUAUCCCGCCCGGGCGUCCUCGCCCCGGUGCUAUUAGUGAUCGGAUAUGUGCUAUACCAGCUCUUCCGGCCUUCCCGGCUACCGAAUUUGCCUGUUGCUGGUGCGAGACCCGGCGAGUGGUUCUCGCUUCAGCGGGCGGCAUGGCGGAACGCCAUGGAUAUGAAGACAGCGACCCAGGUGGCGUAUGACCAGUAUCGAAACCAAGCCUGCAUUAUGCCCGUCCUUGGAGGCCAGAACUAUGUCGUCUUACCGGCCUCUGAGCUCCAGUGGCUUGUCGAUCAGCCAGACACGGAUAUUGACAUCCAUGAAGACUUACUCGACGUCUUCCAAUUCAACUAUACUCUGAUGGACCCAAAUAUCUACCACCAACCGGCCCACCACAAGAUCAUCUCUACCACGUUGACCAGAGAAACCGGCAACCUAGUCCCAGUCCUGCUUGAUGAGAUCAAGCAUAGUGUUGAACGCUACUGGGGCACGGAUACCGAAAACUAUCGUGAGGUCGGUGUGUACGAAACCCUACGUCGGAUUAUCGGACACGUCACGAACCGCGUCUUCGUUGGUCUCCCGUUAUGUCGUAACGACGAGCUCCUCGAUGCUGGAGUCGCCUACGCGAAGGAUAUCCCUAUGUCCGGCAUGGCGCUACGCUUCACAUGGAAACCGCUUCGCCCUCUUGUUGCCCCGCUUGUGACUCUUCCAAACCGUAUUCACACACGCCAGUUCUACCGCUUGAUACGGCCUUUGGUGGACCAACGGCUACGUGACUAUGAAGCUCGUCGCGCUGACCCCGAGACCAAGGCUGCCGACAAGGAACCUAAUGACUUUCUGCAGUGGUUGAUCCGCCAGGCCAAGACAUCCGGUGACCCGUACUUAAGCAAGCCUGAUACCUUGGCUGGUCGUAUUCUCAUUAUCAACUUCGCUUCUAUCCAUACGUCCUCGUUCGCCAUGACCCACGUUGUCCUGGACAUUGCUAGCCGCAUGCGGCCCGAGGAUCUCGAAGAACUUCGCACUGAGAUAAAGGACGUCCUGGCCCAACAUGGCGGUGAAUGGAAUAAACGUGCUCUAGCAGCCAUGGAAAAACUUGACAGUACGAUGCGUGAGUCCCAGCGUCUCAACUCCGCCGUCCCUAUUGCUACCUCUCGCUUCGUCGUCAAGAAAGGCGGUAUCGUAACGCCUUCCGGAGUCCGAGUUCCCGAGGGCGCGGUCGUAUGUGCUCCAUCGUACCCUGUAUUCCACGAUCCAGCUAUCUAUCCGGAGCCGUACGAAUUCCGACCGUUCCGGUUCGCUGAGAAACGUGCCGGUGCUGGGGAGAAGGACGAGGGAAAUGAGAAACCGUCAUACGUGCAGAAAGCUCGUCAGGCGUACGCUACAACGAGUCCGGAGUACGUGGCUUUCGGUCAUGGAAGGCAUGCUUGCCCUGGACGUUUCUUCGCGUCGAGUGAGUUGAAGUUGAUGCUGGCUUAUGUCAUUAUGCACUACGAUAUCGAGCCGCAGAAGACGCGACCGGAGAACGUGUGGAUUGGUACGACUAGAAUGCCUCCGAUGAAGGCACCAAUUCGAGUGAAGAGAAGAAAGGAUGCUGAUGUUUAGAAGAUUGUAGAAUUGAGUGGAAAAUGUCGGUUGUACAGCGGACUUCGGGGUAGUUGUAGGUGCUCAGCUGCCCCGCUGGUGGCUUGCUUUAGGGUGCUUUUGUGAGGGAUAUACGCCGUAUUUCUAGUGAUCAUCGCAGCUUAGGACUUUACAUAAGAAAAU